AUGCCGUUUCAAUUACUCGAUGUGGACAUACCUGCCGACUUCGGCGAAGUCAUUAAGUGCCAGUGGACAGCUUACGAGAAUCCUUUCCAGAGAUUUUUCCGCCUCUACUGCCCGAUUCUUGGAAACGGGCCCAAUGCCCGAGCCGAGUCCAUCAAGGAGUCGACCGAACGCCAGCUCGCCUGGCACCACUCUGAGCCUGAGGGCCAUUGGAUAAAGGUCGUCGACAGCUCCGGGAAGAUUGCUGGUGCAUCACUGUGGAAGAUCUUUGCGACAAGCCCCCCCGAAAACGGCGAUUCGGGCGAGGAAGAAGCCGAUUGGCAUCCGGAAGGAGAAGCCAGAGAAUAUGCAACAAAGGUCCUGGAGGCAUUCGAUGCGCCCAGACGCACUAUGGCUAAGAGGCCGCAUGUUUGUGUGGCAGACCUGAUGAUGAACUGGGGGCGGCAGAAGGCAGAUGAGAUGGGCGUGGAGAUGUGGGUCGAUGCUGGAAAGCUCGGCGUGCCUGUCUACGAGAAGCACGGAUUUAUGGUGGUGCACACUACUCGUGUGCAGUUGGCCAAGAUCGACCCUGGCGAGACGUGGAAGAAAAUGGACCGGGAGCUGCAGCCGUUGCAGCAUUGGACUAUGUGGCGCCCUCCAUUUGGUGACUACAAGGAGGGCAAAGUCGUAAAGCCCGAGGAGGUUCCAGAGAAGCUAUAG